CGAACCCCGGUCAGUACCGUGGGAGGGUACUAUGAUACCACUACACUAGAUGCGCUUACGCAUAAAUUUCUUUCAAAUAAUCAAAAUAAAGUUUGGUUAAUACUGAUAAUAUAAUAUAAUAUCCAGCAUCCAGUUAGAUUCCGGUCAAAACUCACUUUUAUUGCUUCUAACCAGAUCGCAAUUCUCGGGUUUGAGGUAUACGUGAAUUCGAAGAAAAGAUGAGGGUAAUCGGACUGACCGGAGGAAUUGCGACGGGGAAAAGUACUGUUUCCAACCUCUUCAAAGCUAAUGGAUUUCCAGUUGUCGAUGCCGACGUUGUCGCCCGUGAUGUAUUAAAGAAAGGUACUGGUGGCUGGAGAAAGGUGGUUGCAGCUUUUGGGGAGGAGAUAUUGCUAGAAAAUGGGGAAGUGGAUCGGCCAAAGUUGGGUCAGAUUGUAUUCACGGAUCCUUCAAAACGCCAGCUUCUUAAUAGGCUUCUUGCCUCGUACAUUUCAUAUGGCAUAUUAUGGGAAGUUUUUAAGCUAUGGAUAAAGGGUUGCAAUACCAUUAUCCUUGAUGUUCCUUUACUGUUUGAGGCGAAGAUGGACAGGUGGACAAACCCAAUCAUUGUUGUGUGGGUUGAUCCUGAAACACAGCUGAAACGCCUCAUGGAAAGAGACAGAACAUCUGCACAAGAUGCUCAAAACAGGAUAAAUGCCCAAAUGCCUUUGGAUGAAAAAAGGUCUAAAGCAGACAUAGUGAUUGAUAACAAUGGGUCUCUAGAGGACUUAAAUGAAAAUUUUAGAAAGAUAUUAGAUCAGGUUACCAAGCCCUUGACAUGGACUGAAUUUUGGCUUUCAAGACAAGGUGCUAUAGUGGCUGUUGUAUCAAUAUUUUCUGGUGUUCUUGGAUGCAAGAAGUUGGUUGCACGCUUGUGAUUUAAUGGAAGUUGUUAUGCCUUUGUGUAUGUAAUUUGCCAAUUUUUUUUGGGAUUCUUGUAUUGUCCUAUAUAAUUGGUGUCUCCAUUUCAUCACCAAGAUUUGAUCUUCAUCUUCUUUAUAAACUAGUUAUUUCUUUUUUCAGUUUUAGCCUUUAGGUGGACCAUUUAUGGGAUUUUUGAAGACAUGUUAUUACGUAGUAUCAGCCACAAGAUAUGGUAAAAAGUCAGACUCCCAUAUCAACCUCUAUAUACGUAUAGUUUAUGCAUACAUUGCUCCCUGCUGCUUGAAAAAUAAAAUAUGCAUCGAAGUC